AGGGGCGUCACGUGUCCCUCCCCCUUCAGAGAGAGUUGGAUUCGGCUCCGGGAUUGUAGCUCCCCAUACAAACACAGACACGGUGCCUUGUUUUGGUUUUCUACUGGAUUUACAAACUGUUCGGAUGUUGGGUAAAAUCGCCCAGGCUGCAUCGGAUCCAGAUAGUAAUGAACUUUCUGGGCUUCAGUGCGAAGAUGAAACAUCAGAUGCAAAGAUUUUUCACCAUGUGUUUUUGGUAGAUUACACUUUUGCAUUCGCAGUAACAUUCGCAGCGCCGAAGCAAGCUGCUCGCUAGGCUAAAUGGGGUCGUACGCUGACUGUGCUUGUUUUGAUAGUGCAUUUGGAACUCCGGACUGAAGUGAGUUAUUAUUCCUCGAUCCAAGAACCUUUUAUAUUUAUUCAAGAAAUUGGGAUAAGUGGGUGGAGACUUCAGUUUACGUUUAAUAAAUUGUGUUGCUGUUGAAAAUGUAACAUGCUGCUAAAGGAUUCGACCAACUUUAACACUGUACCGAGAGUAUUGAAGUCCGGUAGCUAGCAUUGCUUUUGGUACGACGCUGUUAGCUAGCCAGUUAGCUGGCUAAUUUAAGCGUUUGCCUUGGCAAAAUUAGCCCACAAGUCCAGGCGGGGUAAAAUCGCUUGCAAUUUCAUCAAUGGGGAAAGAAAAUUGAAUCCCUGUGGUGCUCUCUUUUGAAUUCGGCAUAAGUGCAACAUUAAAAAUAUCUCAACUUUUUUGAUAUCGUCUAACUAUAUAAUUUCCCAAAAUGGCUAGUCCAACCUCAGAACAGGGUUGUUUUUCGGACGUAAGAAAGGUGGGAUAUUUAAGGAAGCCUAAAAGCAUGCACAAGAGGUUUUUUGUCCUGCGCGUCGGGAGUGCGGCGGGACCUUCUCGCCUGGAGUACUACGAGAAUGAAAAGAAAUGGAGGCACAAGUCCGGAGCUCCCAAACGUUCCAUACAGCUGGAGAGUUGUUUCAACAUCAACAAGCGAGCGGAUUCCAAAAACAAAUUUCUAGUUGCUCUGUACACUAAGGACGAGUACUUUUCUAUCGCUGCCGACAGCGAGACCGAGCAGGAUGCCUGGUACCAAGCAUUGGUAGACCUGCACAACAGAGGUAAAGUCCACGAUGCCGCUGCGGGCAACGGAAUAGGAGAGGAUAAUUACAGCGAGGCUUCGCCAGGACCUGCCUUCAAAGAGGUCUGGCAAGUUAUUUUGAAACCAAAGGGCCUGGGACAGACGAAGAACCUCAUUGGGAUUUACAGACUAUGCCUGACGAACAAAACUAUCAGCUUUGUCAAGCUGAACUCUGAUGCUGCCGCCGUUGUUCUGCAGCUGAUGAACAUCCGGCGGUGCGGCCACUCUGAAAAUUUCUUUUUCAUCGAGGUCGGGCGCUCCGCAGUGACUGGCCCCGGUGAGUUCUGGAUGCAGGUGGACGAUUCAGUUGUGGCGCAGAACAUGCACGAAACUAUCCUGGAGGCCAUGAAAGCAAUGAGUGAAGAGUUCCGGCCGCGCAGCAAGAGCCAGUCAUCCUCCUCUCACUGUUCCAACCCUAUCUCUGUGCCUGUACGCCGGCAUCAUCAUAACAACCCUCCACCAAGUCAGGUGGGUCUGGGGCGUCGCUCGCGAGCAGAGAGUGUGACAGCCACAUCCCCAGCUGGACCAGGAAAGCACAGUCACUCAUUCCGCGUUCGUGCGUCCAGUGAUGGGGAGGGGAGCAUGUCGCGGCCAGCCUCAGUGGACGGUGGCAGUCCCAGCAGUCCCUGCAGUGGCGGCUUACGCACCCAGUCAUACCGUCAACGCGCGGGGGGCUCUGCACGCCUACACCCACCCCUCAAUCACAGCCGCUCCAUCCCCAUGGCAACAAGUUCGCGCUGCUCACCGUCAGCCGUGAGCCCAGUCAGCUUGUCAUCCAGCAGCACCAGUGGACAUGGCUCCACCUCUGAUGGCCUGUUCCCAAGGCGGUCUAGCGCUUCCAUCUCGGGGUCACCCAGUGACGGCGGCUUCGUGUCAUCGGACGAGUACGGCUCGAGCCCUGGAGACUUCAGGGGAGGCGCGUUCCGUAGCGCCACGCCCGACUCUCUCGGCCACACCCCUCCGGCAAGGGAGGAGGAGUCUCUGGUCUCGGAUUAUAUCUCCAUGACCCAGACGCCGCGACGACUGGAUGAGCCCGAGCACGAAAAGAGCUUCCGCAAGCGGACACACUCCUCGGGUACUGCGUCACCCCCUGUGACCUGCCACCAUCAGAAAACGCCCUCUCAGUCAUCGGCAACGUCGCUGGAGGAGUAUGCAGUCAUGCUGCCCGCCUACCCCUGCAUCCGGCCCUCUCCUUCUGCCUCGGCAACGCCCUCUCCCUCAUCCUCCUCGUUACCAUCGGCAACCUGCCGGCACUCUGCCUUUGUUACCCCACACUCAUACCCGGAGGAGGGGCUAGAAGUGGUAAGUGGAGAAGCCUCCACCCAAAAGGAUGAUGGCUACAUGCCCAUGUCGCCAGGCGUGGCUCCCUCCUCUGUCAUCUCCAUGGCGACAGUCACCAUGAGCACAGGUAUAGUCUCUGGGGGUGACUACAUGCCCAUGAGCCCCAAGAGCGUGUCGGCGCCGCAGCAGAUUGUCAACGCCUCCCCAAGGCACCGUCUCCAUGGCAACGGAGAGGUGGACGCCAGUGGCUACAUGAUGAUGUGGCCCAGCAGCAGCUGUUCGCCCGACGGGCCCGGGAGGCUGCUGAGUGCUGGCGUCCCGGCGACAAGCCGCGUGACUGCUCCCGCAGCGCCCCCUUCAGGCGACUACAUGAACAUGUCCCCCGCCAGUGGCUCAGCCACCAGCACCCCCCCGGACUCCUACUUCAGCACCAGUGCGGGCGGAUACUUCUCCCUCCCGCGGUCCUUCAAACAUGCCCACCGCAAGCAGGCCGAUCACACCUCCUCCUCAUCAUCUUCGCCACGCCUGUCGCUUGGCGCUGGGCGCCGUGCCUACACCGAUUCCUCUUCUUCCUCCACCAGCAGCGAUAGCCUGGGCGGUGGCAGCGGUGGUGGAGGUGGCAGUCACGGUAACAGCCAGCAUCCGAGCCGGCAGCAGCCGCCUUUGGGCCGCUCCAAGCGCCUGUCGGAGACGGGGGAGAGUCGGCUGGCGCGGCCCACCCGCCUGGCACUGGAGGGCGGACGAGCGAGCACACUCCCCCGCUCGCGCCAGACCCCCUACCAGCCUGAGCCCCGCAGCCCCGGAGAGUAUGUUAACAUCCAGUUCAACGAUCGAUGCUUCUCCUCCAGCCUUGCCUCGCUCUUCCCAGCCUCUGAGAGGCCCGCUGAGAUCUUCGCCUCCUCUGACCCACCGGCCAAGCUCUUCCCUUCCUCUGAUAGGCUAGCUGAGCUGUUUCCAGUCUCUGAUAGGCCAGUUAAGCUGUCUGUCCCACCUUCCUCCUCCACUGACUACAUGAACAUGCAGUUAGGUUCUUCAAAUGGGCUGUCAGUCACCGGGGUAACGACCUCUGACCUCCAUGACCUGUCUGACUAUGCAGUGGUGACCCCUGGCCCAGUUCCACCUGGCUCUGCUGCGCUGCCAUGCGACAGUAUCUGUCAGCGUGACUACCUGAGCAUGCAGGUGUUCUCUGGAUCUCCUGUAAUGCUCCUAAACCCAUCCUCCUUGGCAGACGACCCGACCGCUGGCCCCACCUCCCAUUCCAUCUCACCCAAUGGCAAUGAGACGCCAGGUGUGAGCAGCCCUCUGAUUGGCCCCCUCUCUGGCCUCAGUGCCUUCACACGUGUAUCCUCGGUCACGCCCCCCAGCCGCAGCCAAGGCAUCACCAAGGUGAUCCGCGCCGACCCCCAGGGCCGGCGGCGUCACAGCUCCGAGACCUUCGCCUCCACUACGACCAAGAGCCCAGUUGGCACAGCGAACGGGACGGCAUGCCAGGCCGCAGAGGAAGUUAAGCGCCACAGCUCCGCUUCCUUUGAGAACGUCUGGCUGAAGCCCGGCAGCGAGCCCGUCUCCACGACAACGGCAUCCCUGACAUCACCUGCUUCCGCCAGCGCAAGAAGAUCGGGAGUAGAGACGGGUCCGAUGGCAGCCCUCCUGACCCGGAACCAGAACGGGCUGAACUACAUCGACUUGGACCUGGCCCAUGGGCGUGAGCCUCUGCCAGCCGAUUGGAACACGUUCAGCACCAAGGCCGGAGAUGCAGGAGUGGGAGGGACAUCUGACGAUCUGAGCGCCUACGCAAGCAUCACUUUCAACUCCCCGCAAGACAGCAGAGAAGAGUGACGAGUUGGAUCUGAUGGGUCUUCGUGUCUGCAAAAACCUAAAUUCCCGAGGGAGGCUCCCAUCGACUGGACCUCUGGAAAACCACACACAAACGGACCUCACAAAGCCUGGACCACUGUAGAAACACACACACACACACACACACACACACACACACACACUCACUCACAAACGGACCAUAACAGGGAAAACCAGUACUCACCAACCAUACCUCGUAAUAUUGCCGGACUUCAGCCAUGCCAGUUUUACCUCCUUAAAGCUGGACCUCACCACAAACUUCAGCACCUCAGUAGUACUAUCAACCACAGCACCAAACAUGCAAGAACCUCUGGACCUCAGCCAAACCCUGGACCUCAGAUGGCUGUGUGGCAAUCAGGUGGCCGGUGGCCACAGCCGCACACUCAGCCUAACUCUGUUACACACACACACACACUCUCUCUCACACACACACACACACACACACACACACACACACACACACACACACACACACACACACACACACACACACUCGCAGUCAAAAGGGUGGAGACCUUUACUCACCCUGAGGUACAUGGAUACACUUUUACACCGAGGUACUCACCAACAGUGCACACAUAUGGUACACACACAUUUAUACUGUAUGGACACACAGGUACAGACAGACUGUCUCUCCCUCACAGACACACACACAUACUGAAUGCAUAUUGUUACAAAUAGGUACAGACAGACUCACUCACUCACACAGGCUUAUUCUCCAGUCACUGUGACCCCUUGUGAAAUCUCACUCACGUUGGCCAAACUGUUACAGCAAGCGGUAGCGUCUAAUAAGUCGACAUAGACCUGUACCUGUUCAGCCUUUAUCAGCAGAAGCCAUCAGAGCAGAGUCUGCUGCACAUCCUUCACUUCCUCCCUCCUCUCUAGAGAAACACAUAUAUCCACAUUUUCAUUUUAUAUUCAACCGUUGGUUGUAGUUGUAUUUUUGUCUCUCUUGGGUUUUUUUUAAAUCAUCAAUUUGUUUGUUUGUUUUUGUUUUGUAGGCUCCCCCCCCCCCCCCCCCAUUCAGCUUCCAAACCUAUGCACCUCUGUAGAGAACACGAGCAUUAUUAUUAUACCUAGUCCAGGCACAGGACGGUACGAAACAUAUCGCACAGACUCUUUUAACAGGUGGGCUGAUGAUGCUCACCUGUGUCAAUCCACAUUCAUACAGCAGUGUUCUCCUGCAGUCCAGCGGCCAUUUUGUUUGGCUGCACGGCCAUGCCAAACAAAGCACCCCUUUCCUUUAGUGGGGUUUUGUGGUUUACGUCUGAGGCAGCCUGCAGUAGGACCAGUAGCUGUGCUGCACACGUGCAUCGCCAGCAGUCCGUGUUUAUCGUGUUAAUCAUCCACAUGGAUCCACAUCGGUCAGUAGAUCUACAUUUCUCGGGACAGUGAAGUCUGCAAUGGGAGAUGAUGUGUGGACGUUUCAGAUAUUGACCACGUUUCAUUUUGGGCACAGGGCUAUAGUCAUCACUGAGUUCAGCUCAAUGCUAUUGAGGUUCAGUCGGUGGUGUUCUGAAGGCUAGAUUAGCAAGGAACUUGUCCUUUGAAACAGAUUUCCAUAUUUUUAUCAAAAGUUGAAAAAGAGGUGGGGAGAAUAGGCUAGCCCCAGUUUUCAGAGAGGUACGUCAUUUGCAGACCUGAAAAACUGUUCUGAUGAUGCAGCUUCACUCCUUUUAUUUAAGUCAACAUCUCACAAGUGUGAGGUUCCAUAAGUUGGUACGUUCAGUUGAAGUGCUGCGCAGAGUUCCUUAUGACCCCUUAGUAACCAGGAAGUGAGCUCAGUUGUGUCCCAUUUCAUGUUCUAUGACCACGGAAGCAGAGUAGCUCUCAGGGCAUGGUGGCGUGUCACGGCACAGCAGUCCUGCUGCCUAUUCAUAUCUACCAUCAUGGCUCCAUUUGAUAUGGUACUACAGGUAUGCAAUAAGUUAAUGCCAAAUGGAGAGCCAUUGAAAGGCUUGAGGUCAAUGUAAGGUCACAGUGGUUAAGGCUUGGAAGCCAUUCAGAAAGAGCUGCGUGCAACUUAUUUUAUUUUUUUCCUUCCUUUUUUGUCCAAGUGACUAAUGGUGUCACAGCAACAGGUCAAAAAAUAUAUAAGUAAUAAUAAUAUUAAUAAUAAUAAGUCAUAAAGGUCACACUUGCUGCUGAAAACAUUGACAAAACAAUCUGUAAAUUAUUCAAUAUAGGCAUGUGGUUCAUUUUUUUGUUUUGUUUAUGAGUUCAAGUAUUUAAAGUUAUCUGGGUUUUAAAUGUUUCAUUUUUUGUGUGUCUACGGGGGGCUCUGCUUGUAGAGCUGAGAAAUAUUAACGCGUUUCUGAGAGUGUUUUGACACCUCCUGCUUUUUGUACACGUGUCUGCAGCACCAGCUUCUCCUUAUGGUACUCCUUUCUCAUCAGGGUCCCGGCAACCCUCGAUUCCUUUUUGUUUUUACUUUUCCACAGGUCAUCUCCAAAAACGCCGCAAAGUACUCUGGGUAAUGACCCCGUGUACCUACCCAUCCCAGCCAACCCUCAUUUGUGGCUAGCAGGCCGACUCCUGAGAACCUGCCGGCUCUCUGUUUUUCUCUGAAACCCUAUAGGCCAACAGGGGCGUGUCCACUCUGUAAUCUGACCUUCAGCUACAGUUGUGUGUCCCUGCAAUUCAGUAUGCUGUGCUAGUGUUAUGGAGUAACCGGAUAGGUCAUGGGGUUUCUCUUCAAAACACAAAGCCAAGCUCCACAAUACUUAAUCAACUAUGUCUUCCACUGUAUAUAAUGUAAUGUAAAAAAAAUGCUAAGGAAAAUGAGAUAGAGGAUGGAUGUUUUUGACUGAGUGUGUGUGUGUGUGUGUGUGUGUGUGUGUGUGUUUGGGUGUGUAAAUGGGUGAUAUAAUGAAUGUUUUAAGCACAUUGCUGGAUGGAUGGAUGGAUGAAUGACUUAAUAAAUGAAAGAAUGACAGAUGCAUGAGGUACAAAAAUAAAUGAAUGAAACUAAAAGAAUGAAAAAGGUGUAUAAAGAAUGAUGCAUAAAUACAGUGCACCAGCAGAGGAAAUGGGGAGGGUAGCCCCCUCAACCCACUCCCUUUGUCUCUCUCUCGCUCUCUCUCUUUCUCCUCUGGAAACCCCCAAUCUGUAAUAAAGUAGAAAUGUUUAUCUUUGC